UUUUACAUUCUAGAAUAUUCUAAUACUUAACAUGACAUUUGUAUGAUUCGUAGACCGAAGUACAACGUGCGGGAGGAACGUACGGGAUACACGGUCCUGAUGUGGCUCUUAAUCAAAAAAUUUACGGAUAGAGAUGUCGGUAGUUACAAAUGCGUUUCAACAAAUAGCCUAGGAAAAGCAGACGGCACUUUGAGAUUGUAUGAAAUUAAAAUUGGCUUCGAAAGAGGAUCUCGAGCGAAGGAUCACGUAUCCAUUAUCGGUGGUUUAGCUGAGGCUGCUCAAAGUUCCGGUGCCAGCAGCGGCGUCGGUGGUUUCUACGGAAGUAGCAGCUUGUCGCACAUCCUAUCGAUGUUUUUCUUCAUACCGAUACUAUGGCCACGGUGAAGAAGGCAUCCACUGCUGGUCACCGCUAAGCUACUUAGUGCCGGAUGACUUUGUGCCAAAGAAAGACAAGAAUGUAGAGAAUGCGCGCAUGUGAAAGAUAAUGAUAUGAUAGAUAUGAUAGAAAAUAUAUGGAUGCAAAAGUAUGAUCAAAAGAGAAAGAAAAGAGAGAGA